AUGUCGAAAGCUGCUGACAGAUCUAGAAGAAUCAGCAGCCCCGACCCACCUCGAUCCAGCUGUCUACGAAGCUGUCUCGGUCCCAUGACCAGUGCGGAAGCCGGACUGGAAUGGAUCCAGAGCCGACGUUUCAUCCAGAAACCCACCAAGCUGUUCAGCAACCGCUCUCUCAAUCACCUUACCCAGGAACGGAAGAUUCGAAACCGGGCGGUAAUUGGAUAG